UGUUGCCGCCGAGCGGACGAAUCCUGUCGGCGUUGCGUUCGAGUCCGCCUCUCUGAGCUCAGGCCGCUUUGCCAUUGCCGCACUUUAAAGCGGCUCGCUACUUCUCCACCUUAAGGCGAGCGGCAGAGGCAGCGGCCAAUCAGCAUGCCAUUAGCGACUUCACAGGAAGCUGUUUAUGGGAGUGCAGCGCUAAUUAGCCUCAUGAACUAACACAUCUGCCCGCACCGAGUCACGGAGGAAAACGAUCACAUCCAUGGAUUAGUCUGGGAGCUCACGGACACUUUUGAUUUGACGUCCUUCUUCGGUGUCCGCCGCGGCGGGUGCGUGCUGCGCUUUUGCUGAACUUCGACGCCGCGCGCAACAACUUUCGCCUCUUUCCCAACUCUGGAGUAUUUUCCGCGAUAACUUCCACUUAAACUGGGGAACCCGGACCAUCGCGCCAUGUUUCAACCCACACCCAAGAGGUGUUUCACGAUAGAGUCGUUGGUGGCCAAGGAUAAUCCGGUACCGGCGUCCCGCACGGAGGAGCCCAUCAGGCCGGCGGCUCUCAGCUAUGCAAACUCGGGCCAGAUGAACCCCUUCCUCAACGGUUUUCACUCCGGCGCCAGGGGCGUCUACUCGAACCCGGACUUGGUGUUCGCCGAGACGGUAUCGCAUCCGCCCAACUCGGCGGUCCCGGUGCAUCCGGUGGCCCCGCCGCACGCCCUGGCCGCUCAUCCGCUCUCGUCUCCUCAUAGUCCGCACCCGCUUUUUGGCAGCCAGCAAAGGGACCCCUCAACCUUCUACCCCUGGUUAUUACACAGAUAUAGAUACUUGGGACACAGAUUUCAAGGUAACGAAACGAGUCCCGAGAGCUUCCUUUUGCACAACGCGCUGGCCCGAAAGCCCAAACGAAUCCGCACGGCUUUCUCACCGUCGCAACUCCUGAGGCUCGAACACGCCUUUGAGAAAAAUCAUUACGUGGUGGGAGCAGAGAGGAAACAGCUCGCGCACAGCCUUAGUCUCACAGAAACUCAGGUAAAAGUGUGGUUUCAGAACCGAAGGACAAAGUUCAAGAGACAGAAGCUGGAGGAGGAGGGCUCCGAGUCGCAGCAGAAAAAGAAGGGCUCUCAUCACAUAAACCGCUGGAGGCUGGCCACCAAACAGUCCAGCCCGGAGGAAAUCGAUGUGACUUCGGACGAUUAAAAUGAGACUCAAACGUGCUUCUGAGCGGAGGAGGACACGAAUACAGGAUACCGUGGGAAGACAGUCGGGUCAAAUAACCCGAUGUCUCAUUUCACAUCCCCGAUGGGCAGCUGAAGCCGACGGAAGGCCAGCUGCGCGUGGCCCAGCUGUCACCCUGCAGCUCCGUCAGUCCAAAAGAACCAGGAACAUGGUACUGACAGAUUGUGUGUCACCACCCACCACCACCUGAAAUAUUCUUUUUUUCUUCUCCAAUUCAAAUUGGACGGUUGCACUUCUAU